AUGAUCACGGUUCCGUACUUAGAGACUGUUCCCGCUGCUUGCACUGCACACAUUGUUGUAAGUGAUACAUUGUACAAGUCAUUAAACCUGCCUGGCAGUGAGAGCAGUUGGAUUGUCUCUCUACAGUCUUUAGAAACAACUAAAGACAUGUCAGCACUUGAUGGUUUGCUGACGCUGAAGUCAAAGGUUCCACUGACCAAAUCUACACAAUCCCUCAGAAAUCUUGGGCUAUUAUUUUUGAGGACGACAUCUACCCUGAUUGAGGAGCAUGCCAUAUUUUCUGAUGAAAAACUAGCACUGCAGAUGCUGAAUAUUGUGAAAGACUUCUGGUCAUUGUUGUCCAGUCAACAUGUGGUGUUAACACAGCAGGCAUAUGGAAGAUAUGGUGCUCUGUUGUAUGAGGUGUUGCCAUCACUGGCUUCAGUGUACAUCGAUCUGUUCAUAGCUGUGCACAGCACAAAAAGCACUGUGGGUAAAGCUGCUAAGAGGCUGUACAGCUGGCUGAUGUUUGAACUCAAUGAGCGAUCUAUUAAGACAGCUUUAUUGGAAGCCUGUGAGUGCACAGCUUCUGGAGCCAGGCUUGUGUUGCCUGUAUUGAGAACUGUGCUCUCAAGUCCUUCAGCCAACACAUCUAAUUUAGACUAUUUGCUGCAUUUUAUUCUGUUGAAGCGAUGGUCUUUUAUCUGUGCAGAUCUGUGUGAUCUCAUCCAGGUCAGUGCAUCAAUUCAAGCACCUGGAGGGUUUUUAGAAUGGCUUGUGCAUCACUGGCCAGAGGCUGCCAAAUACCUGCCCAGUGAUAGAAGCCUCAAGGGUCGAAGGAUCAGUGAAUUCUUGCUAGAACUGGAUCAGCAGGCUGUGGAAGAGCUAAUUGAUGUUUUUUCCGAGGCUUUGUCAGUAGAACAGACAUCGGAGCAAGACACAGAUAGGGUGAACAAGAAAAUGGCAGAUGAAGCAGUGACAGAGGCACCAUUCUUUAUAGACAAAACAGGAGGUGAUAAAGAUGAGAUGCAGCUGAAAACACGACAGCAAUAUUUACAAAACAACCAAAGAGAAAGUGGCAGCAAGAAAAAUAUGCACUUCUCAAAAAUUCAUGAUAGACAAAGUCAAAGAGACGCAGACAUCUCUAUGUUGUCAGGACAGAUGGGUGACUCUAGCUGUUGCAAGGCAUAUGAAGAAGAAGCAAGAGGUAACACAGAUAGUUUCUUGGACUUUUCUGUUGAAGAAUCAGCGAUUGAAGAAACUGAAUUUCAUAGAACUGAAACUAUACAGCUGUUAAAGAAGAAAAGGAAACUGUCAUACACUGAAGACAGUACUGACAUGCUGUCGGCUGAUAAUAAUAUCAGAGAAACACAGGUAAUGACAGUAGAAGAUACAGACUGCAAGGAUGCUGACUUGAUUGUAGGAGUUGAAUCCAGAAAGGAUGGAGAUGAGCCAGAGUCAAUGGAUCAUGAGACAGACUACACAUGGGAAAGUACCAGCUAUAAUGACAGAAUUGCUAAGGUGCCUGAAAGUCAGGCAAAGCCAGAUAUUACAACUGUUAAAACUAGAAGCAUUUCGGUUCACAAAAGUGCAGAAGUUAAGAACUCCCAGACAGACAAGGAAAAUGAAUGCUGUAGUAAUGUAAUAGCAUCUGCAAGUGAAAGCAAGACUUCUUUGAAGAAAUAUAAGGAGAAUCCAAAAACCCACAGAAAUGAUGCAGACUUGAGUAGUGGUGUCGAUGAUACUCCAACUGUAAACCUAGAUACACAGCCCAGUCCUCACCUCACAAGUGGUCUUCACACAGUUUUACGCAGCAACAUUUCACCACAUUCUUCAUUUACUGACCAGAUUGUUAAGAACAAGAGAAUUGCCAGUCCAAAAGUAAACAGAAUACGAACACGCAGUUUUACAGAAACUGACAGCAGUGAAAAAUGGUCCAAAGAAAUUUCCGGUGCUUCACAACUGUUUGAAAAUACAAAAAACACAGUUUCAACAACAGAUGGCAGCAACACAGAAUAUAAGGUGGGGCUGAUGCUUUCAACAAUUCGUAAGUCAAUGUCUGACAGGAAAAGAAAACCUGAGGAGAUAACUGACACCUUCCAAGUGAAAACUAGACUUAGAACUAAAUCAGCACAGGCUGAUCAUCUGCAUGAAACCAGAAGCAGAAACCGCUCAGUUACAGCAGCAGAAGAUGGCCUUAAGAACUGGCUUAGACAGUCAGCCAACAGUGCACUGAAGAAUCAACCAUAUCCAGAGCAUUUGAAUCAUGAAAAUAAAGAGGCGACAAAAUCUUCCAUCAAGAAAGCCAUAGCUAAGGACACUACAGCAACUGAGAUUGAAGGACUAAGAGAUAUUUUUGGGCCACCUUUAAAAACCUAUUCCAGAAAAGAUUGUAAGAAAUUUGUCACAGACAACACAAAAGUUAAUUUAACCCCAGAAUUAAAGAUGGUAAAGAACAAAUCACCCAAAAAGAAAACUGCUAUAGACAGCACAGAAGCUAAGUCAACUCCAAAACUUACGGUGACCACGCACAGACCACCCAAAAGGAGCAGCGAGGAGCCUGAACACAGACGUUAUUUCCUGAGAACUAACUGCUCACACAGAUUACUCACAGAGGACACUGUAUGUCCAUCGUGUUCACCUACUACAAAAGUCUAA